GUACUAAUAGUGCUCAACAUUUUUGGAGGCAAACUAUAUCUACAGUAAAUUGGUAAACUCCGCGAUUAUUUAAUGAUGGAAUCUUCAACUGACGGUGAAGACGAUGAUAUUGAUGAUAUCUAUGAUGACGUGUCGGGGGCGCAGCGCGGGCGCGAGCGGCAUGCGGCCCCUGCGGCAGACGCCCAUGGAGGUCGGCUAGCGCGCGCCCAGCCCCCGCGCCCCUCCCCCCGCCCCACAGCCAUGGAACUGUCUGACGUGCCGAGACACCGACCCCUUGCCUUCGAUAAGAUGGAAAGUUUAAUAAAAGAAAUGCAAGAUCCAGAAACGGGUGUACCUGUACGAAGUCAAAAACUCUUUCUCACCUACAUUCCGUCUGCUUUUAUGGGUUAUGAUCUUGUCGAAUGGCUAAUGGACCGGUUCAACCUCGACGAACAAAGUAACGUUGAAGCAAUAAAUUUAGCCAAUCAACUCUGCCAGUAUGGUUACUUCUUUCCUGUCAACGAUUCGAAAAACUUAGUGUUAAAAGAUGAUUCUUCUCUAUAUAGAUUUCAAAGCCCAUAUUAUUGGCCGUGGCAACCGCCACGGGUCGGCGGCUCGGCGCCCGGCCUCGCCGGCUCCGACAACGUCGAGUACGCCAUUUACCUCGUUAAGCGAACGCUGCGCAACAAGCAGCGACAUGGUCUCGAAGACCACGAGGUCGAAGCGCUCGCCAACCUGAAGAAGAACCUCGCUGCGAAGUGGGACUUCAUUACUAUGCAGGCUGAAGAACAGGUGCGGCUGGCGAAGGAUCGCAAGAAGGGGGAUAAGAUAGUCAGUGAUAGCCAAGAGCGAGCCUACUGGAGAGUGGCGCGGCCACCGCCGGGACAGCCGAGCGUGCAGGAAACAUGCCCCGUGCCUGUUCGCUCGAGGGUACCCAAGGCCAAGAAGCGGACCAUCCAGCAAAUCACCAGGGAGAUCGAACAUCUAAAAGCGAGCCUGGACCGUACGCGAGUGAAGACGUCUAUUGCCCUUGAGGCCCUUAUGGCGUACUCGGAGACGUUCACUCCCUACGAUCCCUGGCUCACGCCGCCGCAGCCCUCCAACCCUUGGAUCAGCGACGACACGUUGUAUUGGCAAAUCAACAGUCCCUUAGUGGAAGUGCCAAGUGAAAAGCGCGUGCAACGUUGGGCGAUAAGCAUCGACGAGCUAGUGUCGGACCCUACGGGCCUGCAGGAGUUCACCAGUUUCCUUCGCAAGGAGUACUCGCACGAGAACAUCCGGUUCUGGCUGGCUGUGAUGGACCUGAGGAGGAGCAGCGUCAAGCAAAUAGCGAAGAAGCUUGAGGAGAUUUACGAAGAAUUUCUAAAGCCGGGCGCGCCGUGUGAGAUCAACAUCGACGGUGCGACCAUGGACCGGGUGGUGGAAGACAUGCGGACCGGCUCGCGGUACGCGCUGGACCACGCUGCUGACCACGUCUACUCGCUGCUGCUGAAGAAGGACUGUUAUCCGCGGUUCGUGCGCUCCGACCACUUUCGGAGGCUACUGGAGGAGGGCAAAAAUGUGCAUCAGAAGAAGAAAUUCUUCAACUUCGGCGGCGGUCAAGUAAAGAAGAAGCCGGGCAGCACCGCGACCGGUGGCCUGUCGCGGCGGCGCGGCUCCGACCGCUCCCUAUCGGGCUCGGCGCACGAGCUGGCGGUCUGCGCCGCGCAGCCGCCGCGUCUGGCGGAGCCGCCGCCGCACUCACACUCGCAGUCCAACUUGGCCGACAUCCCCUUCAGGGAUCCAAUGGACGAUGACAGAUCGGACGUGGCGCCUUGGGAGACAUCAAGUCGGGAGAGCUCAUCUUACAGCGGCGCGCGCCGUCGGCAGGACUCGGCCGCCGACUCGGGCAGCUCCUCGUCCGACGUGAGCGCCGCCGUGUGCGGCGAGCGCGCGCGCCGCCUGCCGCAGCAGAGCACGCUGGACGGCGGGCUGCGCGGCGCGCCGCCGCCGCUGCGCCGCCUGUCCGCCGUCGAGCCGCGCCACCUCGCGCCGCUCGCCUCCCCGCCGCGGCCCCGCCCCGCGCCCGCCGCCGCGCCCGCGCUCCCGCCGCACCCGACGCCCACCAUCAGCGUCAGCUCCGCGCCCGACGACGACUCCGCCUGCGAGCCCCCCGACUCGCCCGACGAGCCGCGCUCGCUCGCCGUCUCCGACGAGCCCUCGUCCGUGUUCGCGUCGGCCGACGCCACGCCCACCGAGCCGGCGCGCACCGCCCUGCGCGCCCUCGAGGACGCGCCCGAGCUCGACCCGGCGACGAUCGAGGAGACCGGUCCGGCCUCGAAGACCGGGAGCAAAAUCGGCGAUCUUCCAGAGAGCGUUCCCGGGAACGACGACGCGGAGUCGUCGCCGGCGCGGGCGCCCGCGGUCGUGCCCGCCGCGGCGCCGCCCGCCUCGUCCCCCGCGCGGCCGCCGGCGCCGCCGGUGGCGCCGCUCGCCGAGGGGGAGGACAUCGGGGUCGACGACGACCACGUAGACAAAGUGCCUUCGGCGCCCCCGCAGGUCCCGGCGGACCCCGCGGCGGCGGCCGAGUCGGACGCGACGAAAAAAAUUGCUCACAAAGACGAACUGUCGUCGGUUUCGAAAUCUAAUAUUGUUAAGCGUGAUAAUAAGAGCGACCUCGGAGAUCGUAAACAGCGGAACGACAUUUGUCCCUGGGAGGACGAGAACUCGUGUGAGAGUGAUGCUCCAUUUGUUAAAACGUAUGCAACGCUCGGUUACUUAUAACUUAUAAUUUCUGUAGGAAAAUAUCAAGAAUAUUUUGAAAUUGUCAGGGUUCAUUAUAGAAGAUUGAAAAUAAUAUAAAUUUAAUUUUUUAUCUUAGACCCUAUGUUCUAAUUAUCACAGAUUAGAUCAUUAUUAUGUAAUUAUAUGAAUAUUUUAAAGUAAAUGAUCGUUAAUUAUUAGAAAAUAA